AUGGCCCUCUCGAUCGUUGCAGGCACCAGUGGCCUCGUUCAACUAGGCCUAUCGAUCUCUGACAUAGCCUUAUGUGUCGAUUUGGGCAAGAAAUUCGGCAACUUCGUUCGUGUAGGUCAAAACGACAAUGACCUCUUUGAUGUUCUUGGUGAAGACCGAGAAGCUCUGUUCAAAAGACAUGGUCUUGUGGACGCACUUGAGAUGGAGAAGAGAUGGUUCAAGUUGAACAUCGUUCACCAGGGCGAAAGGAAACAGGGACCUUCUCAUUCGCCGUUACCAGAGGUGAAUCAGAGAAGAAAGAAGGAAGAUUCUGAUGACGGUGUAGACAGAUUCACAUGGGUCAUGGUUGCAAUCGUAUCAGCGUUGGAUGAGUGUUUACCAUCGAGUGAAGUUCAGGAGCUCCUUAUACGAGUCUUCGUUGAGGUUUUGGCUCGCGACGAUGACAUCACAACCGCGCUGAGGAUAACGAUCAAGAAGAACAUUGAAUCUUGGAGGUCUUUCGGGUGUGCUAGAGAGAUAGCACAUUCUAUACAGAAGGAGAUGCGCAAGAGCCUGUCCGAUGGGGUGUCUGAGCAGAUCUUGAGACGUGCUAUCAUUCAACUGAACGAGGCGGAGAUGGAAGACAUGAAGAACAUGCUUGUCUGGCUUCUUAAUGGAGACGUGACAGUCUUCAGGGCUAUGUCUCCGAUCACCUUUGCUAUUGCUGAAGCUUGGAAGAAGGUCAAGCUUGACCUGUGCACCGACGGAAACCCCAUUCAUGAACGGCAGGCCUGUGUCACGUACCACCACGAAGGCCAGCUGUUUGAAAGAUCCAGAUUCAGCACGAUACCACCAUUAAGGGGACUGGGAUCCAAGGCCCUCCAGAUCUCCUGGCCUCGCGACAAGCCGGAGUCAAUGAUUGACGUACUUGGGGUUGGCCGCUCACUGGAAAAUACUAUGAGCCAAGCCUGGAAGCAUGGAGAAGUCGCUGCUGGUGCUCUGAAGUUAAUUGGCAAGGCGGAUGAACCAUAUGGAUACGCAGCUGAGGUCUACUACAUCCUCCAGGUCUCCGACGGUGCACACGUUAGCAAGAGAUACAACCCGCACAUCGGAAUGCUCGCCGACCAAGGCUUUCCCCUAGAUACUGAAGAGAUACAUAAAACGUUGGAGUGGAUUCUGAUUGGGGAGCCAGCAGACAGCUCGCGAUGGCUUCACAAUCACGUCGCACAAGACUAUCUACUCAAAGUCGACAAUGUGGAUGUGGUACGCGAGCCGCAAUACAAUUCAGUAUAUUUCAAAUACCAGGCUUUCAUCUUCGGAAUAUACUACGGGCUUUUGCGACAACUUUUGCACCUCGAUUUGGUAGAAGCCAUAGCCUUUUUCCAUGGAAUAUGGGGUACAUACAGUACGACGUUUCUGGCCAUGUGCACCCAACUCGGUCGCUGCCUGAGGAGGGACGAAAAAGCGAGCCGAGCCCACAUCCUAUAUGUGCUUGCAGCAAUGUACAACGGCCGUCGCAAGAUCUUCAACACGAGUUCAACAAUUCCCCGACUCGUUGGUGUCCUCGGACCGAUCUCGUUACUUGCGCUACCACUUGUUCGCACGACAGACGAUCCAAGUGAAAUCUCCAAGAUUGCUGUCGUUGAUCUCCCAAUCGUCGAUUUGAACGCCGACAGCGCAGAUGGAGAUUUGAUGGCAAGUGAAGGUGGAGGUAUACGUUUCGAUCAUCCAGGUAGAGACGAUGAAUGGGUAUCGAUCACUCAGCCACCUAGUCCUACCAAUAAGUGGACUAUACAUCCGUACAUGAGUAUGGCAUUACGCGGAGGGAGCACUAGUGGCGUGGUCAUGGCAGCUCGAUGCGGCAAGAGACUUGUUGGGUGGUUCAACCCACUGGCUGCUGAUGUGUCAUUCCUCAGUACGGCUUAUGUGAAGGAGUCGUAUAGUGACAGAAAGGUGGAUGCCUUUGAGAUAAAGGAUGAACAUUGGGAGGCCAGCAAAGCUUUGCAGCAUUUUCGGAACGACCAGGCUACGAAUUUGGUGUUGUGCGUUCUCAUGGCUCUCCUAGUUUGCGAUAUGCCGCUGCUGGUUUCUAUGCCGAGCAAGGCGAAGAAAUAG